CUAAGUCCGUGAGACUGGUUUCUCUCCUGUUGUCCUUCCCUCGGGUUUUGGGACCUGCUGGCAGGAUCCUGACGUUGCGGCUCGCGACAACUGGACCCUUUGACUCUCCAGUGUGCAGACCGCCCUUUGUACUCUACCACACCUGACUCCCCAGGUGACCAAGCAUGGCCGAGACCCAGGCGCUGCCGAAGCUUCGGGAAGACUUCCGGCUGCAGAAUAAGUCUGUAUUUAUUCUGGGCGCCAGCGGGGAAACAGGGAGAGUGCUCUUAAAAGAAAUCCUGGAACAGAACCUGUUUUCCAAAGUCACGCUCAUAGGCCGGAGGAAGCUCACCUUUGAGGAGGAUGCAUAUAAAAACGUGAAUCAAGAAGUGGUGGACUUUGAAAAGCUGGAUGACUACGCUUCUGCCUUCCAAGGUCAUGAUGUUGGAUUUUGUUGCCUGGGCACCACCAAAGCGAAAGCUGGAGCGGAAGGAUUUGUUCGUGUUGACCGAGAUUAUGUGCUGAAGUCGGCAGAGAUGGCAAAAACUGGAGGUUGCAAACAUUUCAACUUGCUGUCCGCUCGAGGAGCUGAUAAGUCAAGCACAUUUUUGUAUUUACAAGUUAAGGGAGAAGUAGAAGCCAGGGUUGAAGAAUUAAAAUUUGAUCGUUACUCAGUGUUUAGGCCUGGAGUUCUGUUGUGUGACAGGCAAGAAUCUCGCCCAGGUGAAUGGCUGGCUAGGAAAUUCUUUGGCUCCUUACCACACUCUUGGGCCAGUGGCCUCUCUGCGCCUGUGAUGACUGUGGUAAGAGCAAUGCUGAACAACAUGGUGAGACCAGGCAGCAAGCAGAUGGAAGUCCUGGAAAGCAAGGCCAUCCAUGACCUGGGGAAAGAGGAUGGCUGUCUCAAGCCGUGACCAUGCCGUGGAAAUGCUUUUACCCACAAAUUUCAACACUCAUCACUAAAUCUACUUUCAGGGUCUAAGAAAACGUGUACUUUACCUUUGUUUUUUCAUUGUUCUCAUCCCUGAAGACUGAAGUAACAGCUGUGCUCUGUGUCAUGGUGUUAACACCGGUCACCUGGGGAGCUUUGUUGGCCUUAUUUCAAACCUUCUGGGUCUGGAUUUGGGGGUUGUGGACAUGGGAAUCUGUAAUUCUCUUUUGUUUAAAAUUUCUUUUAAUGGGAGCUGGGAGCCAGCUUGGAAAUGGCAGUCUGCAGAGUCACAAGUGCUGUGUAAACAUUAUGUGGCACGUGGAUGAGAGCGCCGCUCGAAAGCUGCUGGUAUCACAGCCUCUGAGUUACACAAAUGCUUGUGAACGGUGUGAACCUGGUGCCUUUCUGCUUCUGUAGAAUGUACUAUGAAAAUAUAUGGCCAAGCUUACAUAAUUCACCGGAUGAAAUAAAGAGGAAUAAAAACAAA